AUGGCAUUUUACCCGCUGCAAAUUGCUGGCCUGGUUCUUGGGUUCCUUGGCACCGUUGGGACGCUUGCCACCACCCUUCUGCCUCAGUGGAGAGUAUCGGCUUUUGUAGGCAGCAACAUUGUUGUCUUUGAAAAGAUCUGGGAAGGCCUGUGGAUGAACUGCAUUCGACAAGCCCGGGUCAGGCUACAGUGCAAAUUUUAUACUUCUAUGCUGGCGCUUCCCCCUGCUCUGGAAACGGCCCGGGCGCUCAUGUGCAUAUCGGUGGCCCUCUCUUUAAUUGCUCUCCUGAUUGGCAUCUGCGGCAUGAAGCAGAUCCAGUGCACGGGGUCCAACGAGAGGGCCAAAGCGUACCUCCUGGGCACAUCUGGAGUUCUCUUUAUCCUGACAGGCAUCUUCGUGCUGAUUCCAGUGUGCUGGAUAGCCAAUAACAUCAUCCGGGACUUUUACAACCCAGCUGUCCUCGCGGGUCAGAAGCGAGAGCUGGGAGUGGCACUCUUUCUGGGCUGGGCCACCACUGCUGUCCUCUUCGUCGCAGGGGGUCUGCUCUGCGGCUUCUGCUGUUGCAACCGAAAGAAGCAAAGAUUCAGAUACCCAGCCCCAACGUACCCUGCGCCACAGCCAAAUAGGCCCAGAAACGUGGCAAUGCUGCGUAAGACCUCUACCAGUUACGUCUAA